GAGAUUUUUAAUCACAGUAUUGGUGCUAUGCACGUGUCAAGCUAAAGACCCAGAGGAACGCAAGGCUAUGUCCGUUCUCUACGAAAAUUCGGACAAGAAGGACGCAACUGCAAGUCUCAAGAUGGUCGGUAUUGUUGAGUUCUCCCAAGCAGGUCCUGAAGCUAAGCUCAUGGUGAAUAUCAAUUUGUUCAGCAACUCUAAAUUUGAUGAUGGACAACACGGCUUCCACAUCCAUCAAAUGGGUAACGUGUACGGAGGGUGUACACAAACUCUCGGACAUUUCAACCCGCUAGAACUAGCUCACGGUGGCCCAGAUAGUUCCAUCCGACACAAGGGCGACUUUGGGAACAUAGAAAUUCAGAACAAUGCUUUCUCUGGGGAGAUUGCUGACCAAGAAGCCUCUCUCUACGGACAGUACACUAUUAUAGGCCGAGGAGUGGUACUACACGCAGGAACGGACGAUUUAGGGUUGGGAGGUGAUUUGGGCAGCACCAAAACGGGCAACGCUGGCUCCCGUCUAGCUUGUGGAGUAAUCGGCAUCAACUCAACCGGAUACGAUAAUGCUAGUAGCAGUGUAAUGUCAUCAUUCGGUCUAAUCCUUACCAUGACUCUUCUUAGAUUCCUUCUUCAAUGAUUUUAGAUCUGGUGCCUCCAUAAAACCUGUUUAUCAGCCUCUAUGAGGCUAACCUGUCAGAGAUUGUGUUCUUUAUUAGCAGUAGAUAGAUUAUAUCUUAUCAGCCUCAAUGCCAACAGUCCUAAUUCCACCAUAUUCGAGUGAAUAUUUUGGCGGUUAUUUCGGGACGUUGGAGUUUCAGCCGAUAAGAUAUUUAGUCUUAAACUACCAACUAGAUUAUAAUGAAUUUAAUGAUUUCGGUACUGUCUAUCUAGUUUGUAACACUAGAAAUAUCUAGUUUGUAACACUAGAAUUUGAAUGUAGAUUUGUUCGUGUCCAGAGAGCAGUAUGUUUAGCAGUAGUGAUGUUCUACUUUUUUGGGUCUCAGAUAUGAAACUAAAGCACGGUAAAUAGUGGAGGUUUAGAACUUUAAAAUGGAAAACAAGUUUCGUUUGUAUGAAAAUUAUGCUGAAAAAACAGCAUGAUGAAGAUAAGGGAGAUAUAGUCUUGCUAAGGAGAGACAGUCUCAAGUAAUUAAUCGUUUGUUGAAACUUUUAUAAAUUCUACGAUCUGCGUGAUAAUCAGACCUAUUUUGGAAUGCUGACUGUGAUAUUGUGAUAAUGCUGUAGUGUCAAGAAGCUAAUCCAACUGAUAAUGAUUCCCAUGAUCGACAAAAAGCUCAACAUAUUUACCAUAUUGUACCAAAUUUAAGGAUUUUUGUACGGCGAAUUUAGCCAAUUAUUUUCCGUUCCUUGAUGUAGAUUUUUAUGACUCUUUCAAUUUCCAAAUGUGUACCAUAGUAUUAACUAAUGUUAGCAUGAAAACAUGCUCUUAAUCUGACAUUGUGCAUACAUUUUGUCUAAUGUUUGAGGUGGUAUAUCUGACGAGAUUGUAACGAGAUCUCUACAAUCGUAAGGGCUAGCACAGCCUAAGAUAUAAUCUAUUUUAUUGAUUACCAAUAAUGUAUGAUAUGUUGUUAUA